UCCACGGCUGCGGGAUAUCAAUCAACACGUCAAGGCCGAUCCCCGCGUCCGAGAGAAUAUCGAGAUCAGUGCACUCACGCAGCACACAGAAACAUGUCGUACUACUUUGUCAUCAUCUCGCCGGCCGACUCGCCGCUCUUCGAAUUGACCUUCGGCACGUCCAAAGCGGGCGGCGACGGCGUCGCUCGCUUCCGCAACGGCGAGACGGCUCGGUACAUGAACCAGUUCAUCGUGCACGCCUCCUUGGACGUCGUGGAGGAGGUGCAGUGGCUGACGCCCAACAUGUGGCUCAAGGUCAUUGACAACUACGCGCCCACCAACUCCCACAUCAGCUGCUUCAUGACGGGGACGAACGUGCGCUUCAUGCUGCUCCACCAGCCGUCGGCCAUGACGAAUUCCUCGGCCGGGGCCCGAGCGUCGACCAUCUCGUCGACCUCGAUUCCGCAGAAUCCGACCAGUCCGCAGACGGAAGAGGCGAUUCGGCAGUUUAUGAGCGAGGUCUUCGAACUCUGGGUGAAGACGUUGAUGAACCCGUUCUACACGAUCGGGAAUCCCAUCAAGAGUCCGGUUUUCAAGCAGAGAGUCACUGCUGCCGGCCGCAAAUGGCUGUGAUGACUGUGCUGGGACUUAUUGUGAGGGAGGGUUCUUUGUCCGGGGGUUGUUUGCAGACUCGGCUCUCAAACGUCUUUGACAAGGAAUGACAGCUCGGCUCUGCGAGAACUUUCCCCGCCGGCUCGAGAGUACUACUGUUCUGUCUUCGAUUUUGCAUUAAACUCUGACUGGUCAUCGCCAUGCAUGGCUGAAGAUGAGGGUUUAUGCACAGAGAGCCACUCCCACCAACUCCCCCUCCCUCCGCCGCACAAAGCAACAUUGACUGGAACGCUGUCUAUGCCAUCCUCGAAAGACCGUCCGUGAUCGGAGCUGGUCGUAUAAGUCAAAUACAUAAUUACUUCAUAGUCCCAGGCCACGAAUCAACACCCUCCGCAAAAGCUAUUGACUGAAAUGGCCCCCGUGCCUGGGUUUGACGCCGGUCCUCACCACGAAAUUAUACGUCGAUCAGCCGCGAACUACCUAGACUGGCCGCUGUGGGCUCAGAUAUUACUGGUGGUGGUGGUAGUUACGUUCUGGAUCCCGGCAUACUUUACAGUCCAGCUAUUUAUGGAAUGCUCGUGUCUCAGGCGCCGGCGGAGAGACGAGGCAGGCUGAAGGGUACUGGCAUCUCUGUAUCGCUGGACUUUCGGAGAGGAGCGGGCGGGAUGGGGGAUUGAAUGAGCUGCAUACCUGUUGCCAUGGCACCAGACUGAUGUGGAGCUAGGAUAAGAAGCGGUCGACGAUUGCGGUUCGUUAAGACUAUCCUACUGAAACGCCAGACGAGGCUGAGGGCGGAGUUGUAGCUCAGUAAACGACCAUGAGGAAUCCCACAGCGGUCCUCAACCUUCUAACUACCUGGUUCAUACGAUUAUUGAGGGAAUUGAAAAAGAAUCCACCACCCGCUAGUCCAAGGCGUUCGACUAGGGUCCUAGCGAAAGAGAAGUGGGAAGGGAAUCCAUAUAGAAGGGUGAAUAGCUCAAGCGUGCUCAGCUACGGUAAAGACCAUACAUACAUACAUACAUAUGGACAUCCAUAAAUCCAUAGCCAGCAAGCGAACUCUAUCA